UUCAGACCUACAAGAACACUGGAUUUUGCUAUGAAACAGAAAGCAAAUGAAAAGAAAUUUUAUUUUCAUUUUUAGCCCAUGAUGAGAAACUUUCAUUUUAAAAGUGUGUUUUGAUCCACCAAGAAGAGGACAACUGGAUUGCUCAGCCAGUUUUACAGAAUGAGGAGCCAUUUUACAGAAAGAAGAGGAUAAUAUUGGAGUCAUAUUUGAUUUCUCCCUUUGGAAAUAAUACUGUCUUUUGAGAUACAGAAAGCUGGGAAGUUUUUAUUCAGAAAAAUGAAUUUCAUAAAGGAGAACAGUCAAGUUCUCAUUCAAAGGAUGGGAAUGACUGUGAUAAAGCAAAUUUUGGAUGAGCUAUUUGUAUGGAAUGUUAUGAAUUACGAAGAAGUAGAUGUCAUUUGCUGCGAGAAGUUUGAGCAGGAUGCUGCAAGAGCGGUCAUUCACAUGAUUUUGAAGAAGGGUUCAGAAGCCUGUCACCUCUUUCUUAAAUCCCUUGAAAAGUGGAACUAUCCUCUGUUUCAGGAAUUGCAUGGACUAAGUCUUUUUCAUCAGAUGUCAGAAGAAGACUUAGAUGAUUUUGCUAAGGAAUUAAAGUACUUCUAUCAGAGCCCAUCUUUUCUCAACUUCUAUCCCCUGGGUGAAGAUAUUGACAUCAUGUUUAAUUUGAAAAGCACCUUCACAGAACCGGUGCUAUGGAAGAAGGACCAACACCAUCACCGCCUGGAGCAGCUGACACUGAGUGGCCUGCUGGACACUCUUCAGAGCCCCUGCAUCAUCGAAGGGGAAUCGGGCAAAGGGAAGUCCACUCUGCUGCAGCGCAUCGCCAUGCUCUGGGCCUCAGGAGAGUGCCAGGCUCUCACCAAGUUCAAAUUAGUCUUCUUUCUUCGUCUGAGCAGGGUCCAGGGUGGACUCUUCAAAACCCUGUGUGACCAACUCCUGGAUAUACCUGAUGUGAUCAGUAAGCAGACUUUCAUGGCCAGGCUGCUGAAGUUACGGCAGAGGGUUCUUUUUCUCCUUGAUGGCUAUAAUGAAUUCAAGGCCCAGAACUGCCCAGAAAUUGAAGCCCUGAUAAAGGAAAACCACCGCUUCAAGAAUAUGGUUAUCGUCACCACCACCACAGAGAGCCUGAGGUACAUCCGGCAGUUUGGGGCACUGGUUGCCGAGGUGGGGGAUAUGACUGAGAGCAGUGCCCAGACUCUCAUCCAGGAAGUGCUGAGAAAGGAGUUCGCUGAAGGCUUGUUGCUCCAAAUUCAGAAAUCCAGGUGCCUGAGGAAUCUGAUGAAGACCCCUCUGUUUGUGGUCAUCACUUGUGCAAUUCAGAUGGGAAAAAGUGAGUUCCACUCUCACACACAAACCACGCUGUUCUGUGCCUUCUAUGAUCUGCUAAUAAAUAAAAACAGGCAUAAACGUAAAGGGCUGGCUCCAAGUGAAGUCACUCAGAGCUUGGACCACUGUGGAGACCUAGCUCUGGAGGGUGUAUUCUCCCGCAGGUUUGAUUUCGAACCAGAUGACUUGUCCAAUGUGAACGAGGAUGUCCUGCUGACAACAGGACUCCUCUGUAAAUACACAGCUCAACGGUUCAAGCCAAAGUAUAAAUUCUUUCAUCAGUCAUUCCAGGAGUACACCGCAGGACGCAGACUCAGCAGUUUACUGACAUCUGGAGAACCAGCGGAGGUGACCAAGGGGAAUGGUCACCUGCAGAAAAUGGUUUCCAUUUCAGACAUUACAUCCAAGUACAGCAACCUGCUCCUGUACACGUGUGGCUCCUCUGCCGAAGCCACCCGGGCUGUUCUGAAACACUUGUCAGCAGUGUAUCAACAUGGCAGUCUCCUUGGACUUUCCGUCACCAAGAGGCCUCUCUGGAGGCAGGAAUCCAUGCAAAAUACGAAAAGCACCACUGUGCAAGAAAUUCUGAAAGCCAUAAACAUCAAUUCCUUUACAGAGUGUGGAAUCAACUUAUUCCAUGAGAGUAUAUCCACAUCUAGCCUGAGCAAAGAAUUUGAAGGUUUCUUUCGUGGUAAAAGCUUAUAUAUCAACUCAGAGAAUAUCCCUGACUACUUAUUUGACUUCUUUGAAGAUUUGCCUAACUGUGCAAGUGCUCUGGACUUCGUUAAACUGGACUUCUAUGGAGGGGCUGUGGCUUCGUGGGACAAAACCACAGAAGACAUAAGCAGGACCCAGGAUCAAGAGUUCUCAGGAACCUACAUUCCCAGCAGGGCUGUGUCUUUGUUCUUCAACGGGAAGCAGGAGUUCAAGACCUUGGAAGUCACACUCCGGGAUUUCUGCAAGUUGAGUAAGAAAGAUAUCAAAUAUCUGGAGAAAAUAUUCAGCUCAGCUACAAGCCUCAGGUUGCACAUUAAGAGAUGUGUUGGAAUGGCUGGAAGCCUCAGUUCAGUCCUCACCACCUGUAAGACCAUUCAUUCCCUCAUAGUGGAAGCCAGUCCCCUCACCCUAGAAGACGAGCAGCGUAUCACAUCUGUGACAAACCUGCAGACCUUGGGUAUUCAUGACCUACAGAUUCAACGGCCACCAGGUGGUCUGACUGACAGUUUAGGUAAUUUGAAGAACCUUACGAAGCUCAUACUGGAUAAUAUUAAGAUGAAUGAAGAAGAUGCUUUAAAACUAGCUGAAGAUCUGAGAAAUCUGAAAAAGAUGUGCUUACUUCGUUUGACCCACUUGUCUGAUAUAGGGGAAGGAAUGGAUUACAUAGUCAAGUCUCUAUCAGCCGAACCCUGUGACCUUAAAGAAAUUCAAUUAGUCUCCUGCUGCCUGUCAGGAAAUGCUGUGAAAACCCUAGCUCAGAAUCUUCAUAACUUGGCCAGACUGAGCAUUCUUGAUUUAUCUGAAAAUCAUCUGGAAAAGGAUGGAAAAGAAGCUCUUCAUCAACUAAUUGACAGGCUGCACGUCUUAGAAGAGCUGACUGCUCUGAUGCUGCCCUGGUGUGGUGAUGUACGAGCCAGUCUGGCCAGACUGUUGGAGAAACUGGAGACGGUUCCACAGCUCGUCAAGCUUGGGCUGAAAAACUGGAGACUCACAGAUGCAGAGAUUAGAAUUCUAGGUGUAUUUUUUGAAAAGAAUCCUCUGGAAAACUUCCAGCAGUUGGAUUUGGCGGGAAAUUGUGUGAGCAGCGAUGGAUGGCUUGCCUUCAUGAGUGGAUUUGAGAAUCUUAAGCAACUGGUGUUUUUUGACUUGAGUACGAAAGGACUCUUACCUGAUGCAUCAUUAGUCAGGAAACUUAGCCACGUGUUAUCCAAACUAACUUUUCUGCAAGAGGUUCAGCUUGUUGGGUGGCAACUUGAUGACUAUGAUGUCAGUGUUCUUAAAGGUGCUUUUAAACUAGUAGUUGCUUAAAUAAAGGGUACCCUAAGCC